AUGUCAACAAUAUUCACACAGACAAAAGCAAGAAAAAAGAACGACGUAGAAAAGCAAUCAUCACUGAUCGUCGUCAUCGGUUUUUGUACUCUUUUGUCUUUAAAUAUGCCAACUUCCAGUCAAUCACAAAUUCUUUCUGUUGUUGACGGACAACUACUUCAAAAUCAGCAGCAACAAAAAGCGAGUGGACAAACUCGAACGAAUAAGUCACCCGUCCGGGCAUUGGUAAAUCAAACCGGAGUAUCGGAACUAAGACGUCGUUCGAUCAAAGAAGAGCGUCGCCCAUCAAUAAGUCAAAGAUAUAACGAUGAAGAUCAUUCUCCACCUCCUCCGAAUGUAAUCAAUCGUCGACGAAGCUCCGACAAACCAACUGAUGGACGAGCAUCCCAACGUGCUGAUGUACUUCACAUGCCUGUAAUAUAUUUAAAUAAUGCUAGUAAGAAUGAACCACGAUCGUAUAACAAUGACAAUCGAUCGAAUCGAGCAGUAAAUUCGUACGGUCGAACAAAAUCAACGUUCAUUGAUCCAGCGAGCGAACCCUGCCGUUUUCGAGGCUAUUCGUUGAAUUCGGAAAACGAUGAACAAUUAGAAUAUCUUCGUCGACUGAACCAAGCGAAACAAUAUCCAAUCUCUGGCGAAAAAACAUCUUCAGCGUCGGAUUUGGACAAUGCUAAUGAAGAUGAAGAUGCUGAAAAUGUGAAUUAUGAGCGACGAGCAAGUUUAUUGGAUGAUAAUGCUCGUCGAUUGCUUGUCUUGGGCACAAUUCGCCCAUCGAAAACGUUUUAUAGGAACCUUCCAGAUGCUGAUGCGGAACAUCUGAUGGAAUAUUUCCGUCGAAUGAAACAGACACAACAACGAGUCACAUCCGAAGAGAUUAACGAAGAACUAGCAACGAAAAUCGUCGAAUACAAACCGAAAAUGUUUUUCGACUCGGCUUGUGUUACUAAACAUCAAGUGAGCACUGUGGAGAAAAUUGUGGAACAAUAUGCCGAUGAAAUCCGUGAACAAAAGGCUGAAUUCGUUAAACUUGACAAUCCCAUGCGCUUCGUUAUACGCGAUGUUGAUAGCGAUAAACCUUUAACAACAAUUCCACGUGAAUAUAAUGAUUGCUUUAUAACACUUGUCACUCGAUCAGAUCCAUUACGUAAAUCAGAAUUAAUCUCUGAACUUGUUCCGCAGAACUUCUUAGAACAAGUCAAAGCGAAUUCAUUGGAUAUCAGUUACUUUCCCGGUGGUGUUAAUUACGAUGUUCCACAUGACGAUAUCGGUGAAAGCGGUCAGAUGAAACUUGAAACUUAUCAGAAAUUGAAAAAACGAUUGAACAAUCGCAAAGUUUGGUAUUUCAGUGAACCACCCGAAAAGCGACCUAAUGCUUUAUUAGCAAUCAUACCCUCGGAAUCGUUGAUUACUAUCGAUCAUCAAGUUUUAUAUGAUAACUUGUGUGAUAUAUUGAGAACUGCUCCAAAUGAACAACAAAUUGUGUCGCUGGAGUAUCUUCCGUUGAGUUGUAUAUUGAAUUCACUUGAUAUGUCGAAUCAAUUCAUCGUUGAAUGUGAUACGAAUGAGACCAAACGACAAUUGAUGGAGAAACCGUUGAAGAUCGUCUCGAAUAAAUGCUCUGUUCUGAUUGAAUUGCAUUCGUACGAUGAAGCAAUUCAAAAAGAAUAUGAGAAAUUUGUCAAAGCUGAGAAAUAUCGAGAAUUGGUUAAGAAUCAUGAGACAGCCGUAAGACGAACGUCGACGAAACAAAAUUGA